UUUUGGUCAAUUAACAUUUAGAAGACUCUUUUAACAUACACCUUCAUAUUACUUUUUUGGUAUGCUUUUAAUCGAUUUUUCGUCUACGGCGACUCCACAGAAAAGGGUAGCAGGAAAAGUGAGUGAGUGAGAGAGGAAAAGAAUGCCCAUCGGUCACCAGUUAGUGCCUUAAGGAAGUUCAGUUAUGGUCAAGAAGUCGCUGGAGUAAGAGCUCAAAAAGGGAGAACGUCUGUAGAGAGAUUCCAUGUGAUUUUGUUUUUGUAUUACUGAAAAGUGUUAUUCAUUAUCUUAUUGCGUGAUUAGUUUGUGAUCAGCACAAUGAUGAGAAACGUGUCCAAUUCGAAUCCCUCUUUGGAGAGGUCAGAUGUUCAUGUGGAAUAUGAAGUAUCAGUGCCGAUUGUUCAAUCUUUUCGUCAUACACCGUAUCAUUCGCUCUGGAAUCUCCAUCAGUGUCAACCAACACCUCCUCCUCCUCCACCUCAGCCCCAGAUCCCUCACCUGGCAUCCAAUGGCCAGACACCGUCGAGCUUCCAGCAAAUGGCCCGCAUGAUGGACUCCCUGAUACUGGACAACUUUGGACCAUUCGCUUUCACCAAGAUCACGGCCACGCAUCGUCCGAAUGUCGUGUCAAGGGGUUCUGGUGAGGGAGGUGGACUGAAGAAGACCCCAAUCACAGCAUCAGCCUCAAAUCUGCCCCACAAUCCCGGGCCCUAUGGGAAAGUGAACUAUUCAGGCGGGAAACUAGGCAGUCAGGAAAAUAGCCGUCAACAUGUGGCGGAAGUGCAUCCGAUGCUACGCACAAAUUCCUCAACACUCUCACCACCUAAUCCAACGGAUUCCCGCUGGAUUUCAUCUCUGAGACGUCGAGAUCCUGAACUUCAACCUACACUGCCCUCAAUCAAUCACAAUCUUGGUCAUCCAACUUACCAUGCAACUGAAAAGCGUGGCCGUAGCAGCAAGAUGUCCUCGUCCAUUCGCAAAAGUAGAUCAGUGGAAAGGAUGCGUGCCAGGAAGCUAAAAGCGGCCAAGGAGAAACCCAAGAAAUCCAGCUCGGAGGAGGCUGGAGCAUCGGAUGAUCAGGAAGUUACUUCAAUUGAAGAUAAUCCUCAUUCAACGCACACCAAUUCACCCAAAAGUGCCACAAAGAACAAGCACUUCAACGCUGUGGGGUAUGAAAAUCAUUUAGUUGACACACUUGAGAAGGAUAUCCUGCAGCGCAAUCCGAAUGUUCAGUGGAGUGAUGUGGCAGGAUUGAAUGAGGCUAAGACAAUCCUCCAGGAGGCUGUUGUCCUUCCUGUUCUCAUGCCGGACUUUUUUAAGGGUAUCCGUCGUCCAUGGAGGGGAAUUCUGAUGGUUGGUCCACCGGGAACGGGAAAGACAAUGCUGGCCAAAGCAGUGGCCACGGAAUGUGGCACAACUUUCUUCAAUGUCUCUUCUAGUACCUUAACAUCCAAGUAUCGUGGAGAGAGUGAGAAGAUGGUGAGACUCUUGUUUGAGAUGGCUCGUUUCCAUGCUCCCAGCACAAUCUUCAUCGAUGAGAUUGAUUCUCUGUGUGCUGCCAGGGGCAAUGACUCGGAACACGAGGCCAGUCGUCGGUUCAAGGCGGAACUUCUCAUUCAGAUGGAUGGUCUCAAUGCCUCCAGCAACGACGAGAAGAUAAUCAUGGUUCUGGCAGCUACAAAUCAUCCCUGGGACAUUGAUGAGGCAUUCCGAAGGCGCUUCGAGAAGCGCAUUUUCAUCGGAUUGCCCAAUGAGGAGACUCGCUCAGCUCUUCUCAAGCUCUGCCUUAAGGGAGUCAAUGUUUCAGGGAAUUUGGAUACUAAUGCCAUUUCUGAUCAACUGAAGGGAUUCACUGGGUCAGACAUUAGCAAUAUCUGUCGUGAUGCUGCAAUGAUGACCAUCCGACGCAAGAUUACGGGCUGUUCUCCAAGUCAGAUUCGCCAAAUCCGACGGGAAGAGGUUGAUCAGCCCAUCACAACCCAGGAUUUCCGUGAUGCCAUGGCAAGGACGCGCAAAUCCGUGUCUGUGAGCGAUGUAGCACGUUUCGAGAAGUGGAUGGAUGAGUUUGGAUCGUGCUGAAAUCUUUCCAGUAUGACAAACAUAUUUUCGUAAGAUAUUUCAUGAUUGUCUGGAAGUUUUCUGCAGCCGGAAAGCAUUGCAGAGCAACCGAACGUGGCAGUUGAUUUGAAAUUGUAUGGGACUAGGUCUUCUUGCAAGCGAGAAAGCCUAGCACACAUAAAUCAAAAGAACCUUCCUAUUGUCAAUUUGCCACGUUCUGUAGAUGCAAUGAAAGGAAAUCCAGAUAUUUGGCACAAGUUCCAACAUCUCCUGAUAUCGUUCCCAAUUUUUUAAUGUCCCUGUGUUCUAUACUCAACUUAAGAAAAUAUUUAUAAAAAUAUAUCUAUGCAACGUACUUCAAUUCUUAAACCAAGUCUCAUUCUAUUUUUUUUUGGAAUUGAGCAUUUACAAAAAAAUAUUUGUAAAGUAAUUUGUUUUUGCGAGGUAAUUUUUAAUGUUUUAAUUUAGGUUCAUUUCUGAGAUAACAACUCCAUUGCCUCUGUUGGAAUAUUCCCAGCUGUGUCUCGACUAAAAUAGGAAGUCGUCUAAAAAAGUGAUUAACCGAUAUAGCUGAUGAUAAUUACGUGAAAAUGAAGAGAAAAUAGGAAACAUCCUGUAUAUUAAACUUGCCUUACCUAAAGGUUUUACAAUAACGUUGUAGGAAAUUUCGGAAAAAAUAUUUAGUAAACUUUCUCUAACCAAAAGAUAUUGCUUAUAAUUCUUUUGAAUAUAAUUCUAUCAUUUCUGCAUUUUUAAUUAGCAUCAAAAAGAGCAUAAAAACCGGAGGAUUUUGAUUCGAAACCUCCAUUUCGAGAUAAAAGUCCACCUCUGAGCUUUAGCCCGAUGCAAUCUUACCUGUUUCGGCGCACAAAAAUUCCUUUUUCUAAAGCUCCGGGUAUUUUCAAAUAUUCUGACAUUUUCAAACGAUAUAAAAUCUGCAUUUUUUUUUGUUUUUUCGAAAUUUAUAUUUCUUUCUUUCGUAAAAUAUCUCGUAUCGCAGUGUUUGUUUUUAAGUGAAUGAUGAAUUAUUUAGUUAUACGGCUUCAUUUUGAUUUAAUGCCCUAAUAUCCUCUUUGGCGUCUUCUAUACGGGGGGAUUUCGAAAUGAACCCUACUGUGCUAUGCACCAGUGAGUCUCGGGAAAUCUCCCCUAGUGGUACAUUCCUGAGAUAAAUUUUCUCCACCCUUUGUUAUAAAUUCUCCAAGUGUGCUCUAACUAAAAUAAAUAGUCUGGAAGGCUUUCUAUUUUAUUUCGAAACGUUUCGAAAUAAAUCUAUCUAUCUAUCUAAAGUUAAUAUUUAAGUCUGGUGACGAACACUUAAUCUAUAUCAAAACCGUUCUAGCGCAGGAUUUUAUGCCAAUAUUGUUGCUAAAUUAAGAAAAUAUCGUACAUUUUUAUUUAUUUUAUAAAUCAACUUUAUUCAUAUACGUAAGGGUCUCUAAGUUCCUAGAAAUUAGUUGAAUAUUACUUUUCAGCUGACAAAUUCCAUAACUACACAGUACACAAGCGACCAUAUUCUUAUGAAGAUUAACGAUACAUUCAGAAGAGUGAUCGAUACCGUGUCCCUAUUUCACCAGCUUUUCGAGUCUUGAUAAUUUUGAAAAUAGUUCACGAGAGAAACAUCUCUUGAAAAACAAAAAGAAAUUAUUUAAAACCGUUUUAAAUAUCAAAAUAUUCGAACAUAAAUAAAUGGAGCUUUCGAAGAGGGAGAUUUUAAGCGCUAAAAGAUAGGCAAAAAUGCACCGAUCCAAACGGAACUUUCGAAGAUGGAGAUUUGGUACGCCGGAAGAUAUGCAAAAAUUUUGGAUCAAAAUCACCCCGUAUGAAUGCCCCGUUUUUGGCUUUUCAAAUAGAUCUUCGAAUUUUUCAAAUUCUAUUUGUGAAUGGUAGGAGUGUGAUAUAUUUCUAAACUCCCCGUAUAGAGGACGCUAAAGGGUUCAAUUAAAUUUUUCACUUGAAUUUCCUGUUAAUAAUACACAAUUUUACAAAGUUUUGAAAUAAAACAGAAAGUUAUAGUGAUUUUCCAUUUCAGCCUAGACACACUUGGAGUAUUAUAACAGAUGGGAUACAUUUUGAAUUAUUUGCGCGAGUCCUUAAUAGCAUAAAAUAUUUUCGAAAAUGUGAGAUUUUUAGAAUCUACUGUUAUUUGAUCAUAAAAAAAUAAGCAAAGCAAUGUGAAAAAAUAAAUACAUUUCAGAUAUCAAAUUACUUUAUCACAUUUUUUUAAUUUAAAAUUUCUGUUAAUGAAAUACUUUACAGAAUGCUUAUAAAUAAAAUGAAACAUUUGCUAUGGGUUUCUAUUUUAGCCAAGACACCUUUGGGAGGAUUAUAAUUGGUUUGUAGGCGGAUUAUAUCACAGCACAGAACCAUUCGCGGAGAUUUUCUAAGAUUUACAGUUUCGGAAAACCUUCGUUUAAAGGAACCCUUGAGGAUUUAAUUAUGUUUGGUAGAAUUUUAGUUAUGAUCAUUUAAGUAUAAAAGAACUACAGGUGCAAAAGCAAAUUACUGGCAAAACCUUAAGCCUUUCUGUAAAUGAUUGGACUUAACUCGAUUGGAUGAUCGUUUGAGAAGAGUCACCGUUGCAUAGAAUAAUUAUUAUGUAAUUGUGAAAAUUUUAAGGCACACAAUAAAGGAAAAUAUUUGUUCCUCAGUCAUCAAAUAAAAAGCUUAAGAUUUCUAUGUCACAUAUUUUGAUUCAAAUAAAGCCCAUUUUGAACAA